AUGGCGAUUCUGGUUGCUCUGUCAUUCUUCUUUCUGCUGGUAUCGGAGAACGUGCCAGCUUCAGCAAGGGUUUCAAACGUUGAAAGCUACUAUGCAAUAACAAUGAUUCAAAUGACUGUAUCUUUCUUUCUUAAUGUUCUCGUAUUACGAUUCCAUCACAUGACUGAGGAGAAGGUCCCUGAAUGGGUUAAGGUAACAAAAAUAACCAUAUUUUAACCUGCUGUAUCCAUCGCACUAUUUAAAGCUAAGAUAAUAUUAAGAAAGUCAGAAAUUUAUUGCUGCUUAUUUGGUAGACCAAGACGUAAACUGCUAAAAAAUAAUAAUUCGUAUAAUAUAGACUAAUUGCUGCCGAAGGCAGCACACUAUUCUUCACGAUUUGUUUUUCUCGCACCAGUCCGUUUCCGGCCGGUUUUCUCGCACCAGUCCGUUUCCGGUUUAUGUAUAGCCGAACGACAACUCGAUUUUGGAGGUGUACGGAUUUUCAGAUUUAUGACGUAUUUUGACGUCACAGAAAUUUAAAUAACAUACUCCAGAUUGCGAUUUGACUUUCCGAAUACCCUGGCUGAGACUCGCGAACACCACCAUGGACUACAGUAUUACAAUUUGUAAACAACACGUUGCCUCGUGCCUUUUGUAAAUUUUGAUUCCAGUUUAUGUCUGGCUAUUUAUCGAAAUUAUUCUUCAAGGUAAGAUGAAAGUUUGAUCACAAAUAACAAUGUGUUUUGGUCGAAUUAUUUUACCCACUGAAACGAAUGAAUCAAAGCUCACAUAUGACACACAGUGUCAACAAAUAAAAGCUCAUCAAGCACAAAAAUACUUAACGUGUAACAAAAAUAUGCUCAUGAAAUCGAAAUUAAUAGCUAAAUUUUCAAACUAGACCUUUCUCGAAGCGGUUUUGAUGAAGGAAGUUCACAUUUCGGCCUUUGAUUCUUGGCAAAAAUUUGACCACAACACGUGCGAAGCAACUGGGUCUCAAAGACUGAACUAAAACAUUGUGAGCCCCUAUUUUCCUGAAGAUAUGUUUGAUACCUACAAACGCCGAAAAGUUUUUUCUUUUCGUUUAGCUAUAUUUGAAAUUGAGGCCACGGGCUAUUUUUGAGAAAAUGCAGUUCAAAAUCAAGCUAUUUUUACAUAUUUUCAAAAUUUGUCAAAUUUCGCGAGCUUGUAUUUUGAACUUAUAUAGACAGCUGAAGUUACAUUAAGAAAUAUAGGAUGGAAAAUUUGAGGAAUAUAAAGUUAAUUUCAACUUGCAUUUCAUGCUCAAAUCACGUCUUUCUUCGUUUAUUACGGUUUUAAACAAGCCAUAGAUCGACGUAUACGGUAUUUACUCCCAUGUUCACGUCGCCAUAUUAACUUCUUUCAAUCAAGCGAUUACAAAACAAUCAUCCCAAAACAAAGAAUUCAUGAUCGACUUUUAAAAGAAUAACCAAUAAUUUGUAAAUCGUUGAAUGGAAAGCAAAAAAUCGUCAGCUAAAACAGCUUCUUGCUAACUUUCUGCUUUGUUUUGAAUGUAAAUGCAAUGAGCUUUGUUUCUGCCCGCAAUUUUUUGGUCAGCGACGACAAAUUUCCCACCUGUUUAGCAUGACCGGUUUGCUUUGGCUAGCUUCACCACUGACAGUGUUAUAUUAUACAUACAAAAGCAAGAAGUUAUAAGUGUUGAAGGUAUUCAUAUAAAACUGCCCAUGCCAAGAGAGUAGAAUUAGAAUAUUUAGCUGACCUUUGACCUUGUGCAAGGUGUUCGAUAUUCAGAUUGCAAUUUUCCUAUCUCUUGAUUCCUAAACAGGUGUCUUAAGGCUGUUUCGUGGUGGGAUAAUUUUUUAUGUAUUUGAAUAAGUCACUAGGCUGUUAAAAGUUCAAAUGCAAAGAACUCAAAUAUUGUAGAGAAGAUCUUGUUGUUCAAGAAGAUUAUUGUUGUUUGAACAACCUUUCGUUUACAGUUGACUAUAAUCUAUCUCUAGAAAAUGUUUUUUUGCGGAAUUGUGCACUGUGAUUCAUUUCAAUACAUCGAAAUCAUCCCGCCUCAUGUCUCGUCCUGGCAAAGCAGUAUCGUAUAAACAGUUCCUUAUUCAGCAAUUGCGCAUGAUGCCAUCCCUUGGGGGUGAGGCAGCAAUUUCCUUGCGAUAGUAACUUCUAGUUUCUACUUUGAAUGCACAUAAUGUAGAUACAGAUAUUUCACAGCACACUCCCUAUCAGGGUUUUUCAGUGACUGGUUACAUUGCGCAUAGAUAGACAGAAACUGAACUGACGUGAAGCAGACCGAGAUAGACUGUGAGCUUACAAAUGGCACUUUAAGCAGACCUUUAAGCGGCGCUUUAAUCCAUAUAAGAAUCCAUAUAGAAGUAAUUGAUAGGGUGUCCAAAAUCUAUUGCUCAUGAAAUGAUAUUCACGACGCCAGUCUCAAUACAUCUUUUUUAUUAUCACGUCAUGAAUACGUUUUUGGCCAGGGCCUAGCCUUGCUCUCGUGAAUCAAGACGGAAUGCGAUUGGCUCACGAUUCAUGAAUAUGAGGCUCCCAGGCCAAUAAUGUAUUCAUGACGUAAUUUUCGUCAUAAAAGGUGUAUUCAAAUUAUCAUUUCAUAAUGAACGAAAGCAAGUGAUUGAUGUAUUAUUUAUAAUUGAUGGUAUAUUAUUUAUAAUAAGUAAACUAUAACUUGUUUCAUAGAAAUACAUCUUGAACUACGGUGCCAGAUUCUUACGAAUGACGUUUCGUGCCAGCAACAAUGAGCGACUUCAAAGUGCGAAAAGACGAAAGUUCCUCUUGACACGAAAAAGUAAGUUCGUACUGUAUUUAAAUUAACUUAAUUAACCGCUAGGCAAUAUACAUGUAGAUGAGUAGGAUAAACAAGAAGAGAGUCGAGUAACUAUGUUUCUUUUCUUAACAUUCGUCUAUACAAUCCUGGUCGAAAAUAUUGCCUCACUUGAUACUGUGAAAUUUGACUUUGGUCACUACAAUAACAAAAAAAACAACCCCUCCCCAUUCUAUUUAUGUGGUGUAUUCGACUUGCAAUGCGUUACGCUACAUUGAAUAGAAAGGUAUUUUUACCAGAAUGUAGUUUUGUGUUAGUCCACAGUCCACUUCCAUUUUAUACUUUACAUAUAGUACAUGUAAAACAAAUAAAAAGAAAUAUGAGUUUUGGCAAAAUAAUCUUAAUAUAUUUUUGUAGAAGGGCUUGGUACUAUUGUGGAACAAAAAAAGAAACAAAGGGUCCCAAUACAAUCUUUGGCUGAUGACAAGGUAAUCGCGAAAGUGUUUGAAACACAGAUAAAGAUGGCAGCGAGAGACGAAGAGUGGAAAAAAGCUGCCGAAGUUCUCAACAACUACUCACUGAUUCUACAUGUCCUGGCUGUGUUGCUCACGUUUGGUGUGGUUUUCUUUGACGCACUUUUCCUUUCUAAUAAACUGUAA